GAUUAUGUAGGGGGCGGGACCUAAACGGUGUCACCGUACUGAACAGCUUAUAGAAUGCUGUAACGCGUCAUUCCUUAGUUUUUUUACGGUCUUCAUUCAUGGUGAUAAUAUGAUACUACAGACAUUCAGACCGGCUGUGGCCUUUCUUCGUAGCAGAAGCGCUAUAUCAAGACUUUACCAUGCAGAGAAAGUCGCGACAGUGGGCUCCCAGCCGGACGCACAGUCUCCCGUGUAUCAGGAAAACUAUGAACGUAUGCAAGCACUGGUCAAAGAGCUGAGAGACAGAGCAGAAAAGAUCAAGCUUGGUGGAGGAGAGAGAGCUAGGAAACUGCACACAUCCAGAGGAAAGCUUUUGCCUCGGGAGCGAAUUGACAGGCUGCUGGACCCGGGCUCUCCGUUUCUGGAGUUGUCCCAGUUUGCUGCUUAUGAGUUAUACGGUAAUGAGGAGGUACCUGCUGGAGGAAUCAUCACUGGCAUUGGCAGGGUGUCCGGGGUGGAGUGUAUCAUAGUUGCAAACGAUGCCACUGUCAAAGGUGGCACCUAUUAUCCAGUUACUGUGAAGAAGCACCUUCGUGCUCAAGAGAUUGCACAGCAGAACCACUUGCCAUGUAUAUACCUAGUUGACUCUGGAGGAGCAAACUUACCCCGACAAGCUGAUGUGUUUCCUGAUAGAGAUCAUUUUGGACGCAUUUUUUACAACCAGGCACACUUGUCCUCAGAGGGCAUUGCACAGAUAGCCGUAGUGAUGGGAUCUUGCACAGCAGGGGGAGCAUAUGUCCCCGCCAUGGCAGACGAAAGUAUCAUUGUGCGCAAACAAGGGACCAUUUUUCUUGGGGGACCUCCACUGGUAAAAGCUGCUACAGGUGAGGAAGUCUCUGCUGAAGACCUUGGAGGUGCUGACCUUCACUGCAGGCAGUCGGGUGUAACUGAUCACUACGCCUUGGAUGAUAAUCAUGCUCUUCACCUGGCACGGAAAGCAGUGCGCAACCUGAACUACCAGAAGAAACUAGAUGUUACUGUGGAACCUCCUGAGGCGCCAUUGUUCCCAGCUGAUGAGCUUUAUGGCAUUGUGGGAGACAACCUGAAACGCAACUUUGACAUCAGAGAGGUGAUCGCUCGUGUAGUUGAUGGCAGUAAAUUCGAUGAAUUCAAGGCCUUCUACGGAGACACACUAAUCACAGGCUUCGCACGGAUAUUCGGUUAUCCAGUCGGGAUCAUUGGCAAUAAUGGAGUAUUGUUCUCAGAAUCGGCGAAGAAAGGAACUCAUUUUAUUGAGCUUUGCUGCCAAAGGAACAUUCCCCUGAUAUUCCUUCAAAAUAUCACAGGAUUUAUGGUCGGGAGAGAGUACGAGGCAGGUGGCAUCGCUAAGGACGGUGCUAAGAUGGUGACCGCUGUGGCCUGCGCUAAUGUGCCCAAGAUCACUGUGAUCAUCGGAGGAUCCUAUGGAGCUGGAAACUAUGGCAUGUGUGGAAGAGCAUACAGUCCCCGAUUCCUUUACAUGUGGCCGAACUCACGCAUCUCAGUGAUGGGAGGAGAGCAAGCAGCAAAUGUGCUGGCCACCAUUACUAAAGAUCAGAAAGCCAGGGAAGGGAAAGAGUUCACAGCAGAACAGGAGGCUGCUAUGAAGGAGCCCAUUAUUAAACGAUUUGAGGAAGAGGGAAGUCCGUAUUACUCCAGUGCCAGGCUUUGGGAUGAUGGAAUCAUCGAUCCUGCUGACACUCGCCUCAUCCUAGGGCUCAGUCUAAGUGCCGCUCUCAACGCCUCCACACAGAAGACUCGCUUUGGCGUCUUCAGGAUGUGAAGUUGCACCCUGUGAUUUCUUGGGUUAUCGGGGGAAUGUGAAGAGAGAACACACUUCCUGUUUGUCUUUUGAUCUGCUUGACAUGAACAGUAAAAUGGUUGCAACCAUCAGUUGA